AUGAUCAUCUAUGAGUUGCUGAGGAACGGCAAGCGCACCACUUUGCGGGCCAUUUAUUAUAAAGUUGCUCCUAUGUUCAAGAAUCAGAAGGAAUGUGAUUCAACCAUAGAUGAUAUUGCUUGCUUCCUAUUAUGCCGUCGCGAAAAUCUCAACAUCGUUGCAGCCGACAAAGGGGAGGUGGUCGGAAAUCUAUCCUAUACUGUGGAAGGUGAUAGAAUUGAAUGCUUGAAGAGAUCUCAGGUGAUUCCUGAUUCAAAGGGGUUGGCAGGUAUUCAGAGUAAAGCUAGAUUUAUUUUGGUUAUUGAAAAACACUCUACGUUUUUUGAACUAUGUGAGCAUCAGUUUUUCGAUAAAAUGCCAUGUAUACUCAUUACAGCAAGGGGGUACCCCGAUGUGACCACAAGGAGGUUCCUGAAUAUCUUGAGUGUGGAACUCAAGAUUCCGGUAUUCGGUCUAUUUGACUCAGACCCAUUCGGAUUUCAUAUAUUUUCUGUUUACAAAUGUGGUUCGGAAAACAUGUCCUACGACUCUGCAAAUUUGACCACGCCGGAUAUGAAGUGGCUGGGAAUUCUACCAUCCGAUAUCGGGAAAUACAAUAUUCCUAGGUUCUGUGGCAUAAAUAUGACAGAGUAUGAUAUUUUAAGUUGCCAUAGGAUGUUGAGAGAGAAGAAUAUUGUCAGUGACCAUGAUUCUUUGAAGACAGAGUUGAAUUUAAUGAUUUCUUCACAAAAGAAGUUUGAAAUUCAAUCUCUCGAUAAAAUUGCAUUUGACUAUCUCAGCAACACCUAUUUACCCACGAAACUAAUGAAUUAUGAUUGGUUGUAGGUAAGCUGCUUCCUUCCUCUCAUCUUUUUAGAGCCUUUCAUUUUGUUAGUUGUUUCAUGUUCUAGAUGUUCCUUUAUAUUAUUUGUGCAAUUUAGUGAGAAAGGUCUGAAUCCAUACUAAUUCAGUCAAUAUGAUAGUUGUCCUGGCUUUUAUAGCAAGAUUUUUAUUUUUAAGAAAACAAUUGAUUGCUCAUGAAUAAUGGUUUCCAAGGUUUUAGGGCCUCUACAGUCCAAAAGUGAGUUUAUUUAAGAUGUUUGAAGCUUUCAAACAUAUGUUGUCCUUAAGAGCUCAGAAUAUUGGUCUUUAUGUUGUUCUUGAGAAAAUAUCUAUAGAAUGAUGGCUUUGGUGCAUGUUCCAAAAUAUAAUUCAUAAUGACAAGAAAGUGUUGCUGUUUUUGCAUGUUUCAUCUUUGCAUUCCUCUUUGAAGAUCAUAAUAGUCAUGGCUUGUUUUGAUGAUCAUGAUGUUUAGGAAUUCGAAUAUUUGUUCAAGUCAAUGAAGUGUGAUUUCUUUACUUACAGCUAAUAACAUCUUCUUUAAUCUGUUUUGAUUUGCAGGUGCAGCCACAGCAUCUGGUUUCUACCCAUCUCAAUUAUUCAACUUAAAUGAUUGUGCACAAGGCAUGGAACAAUAUGGUUUGAUAAUUUGAAAAAUUUAUGCUCUGAUUUAGAAGACAAGGGUGUUAGAAUUUUGUGGCAGUGCUCACGUAGGUUUUAGUAUACAUGUAUCAGAAUUAGCUGUCUUACUGACUAAAGGGAUAGAUAAGUGUGGGUGGUUUUUGCAUACAAUUGGCUAUGUAGCUUGUAAUGGUUAGAUGCACCUGCUUUGGAAACUUCAUUUUGAUUAUAUAUUGUAGGAAUGAAAU